UACCGUUAACUACGGGGCUAACGCGAGGAAGACGUGGCAGAAAUUUCAAUAGUAUUAGUGAUCGCUUUAAAAAUUCUUUGCAGAUUACUGUUAUAUUACAAAUAUCGUGCAACUCUGUAAAGUAUUUCUGUUUGAAUAGAUAAUAAAAUUUGUCAUGGGGCUUACUCUUUCAAGUAUACUGAAUCGCUUGAUCGGAAAAAGACAAGUUAGAAUAUUAAUGGUUGGUUUGGAUGCUGCAGGAAAGACAACAAUUUUGUAUCAACUAAAGUUAGGAGAAGUGGUGACAACUAUACCUACUAUUGGCUUUAAUGUGGAAACAGUGGAAUACAACAACAUAUGUUUUACUGUCUGGGAUGUUGGUGGACAGGACAAGAUCAGACCUUUAUGGAGGCACUACUUUCAAAACACACAAGGUUUGAUAUUUGUAGUGGACAGUAAUGACAGGGAAAGGAUAUCCGAAGCACAGGAUGAACUACAAAAAAUGCUAAGUGAGGAGGAACUCAGAGAUGCUGUGUUACUAGUAUUUGCUAACAAGCAGGACCUUCCCAAUACAUUGACAGCAUCUGAGUUAACAGAGAAACUGGGUCUAAAUUCACUUCGAAACAGAAGGUGGUACAUUCAGUCAACAUGUGCUACCCAAGGCCGAGGAUUAAAGGAAGGAUUGGACUGGCUUUCCAAUGAGCUUGCAAAAUACAACUGAGUCUUUCUUCUAAUAUGUGCAAGAACUAUGUAUAUUGAUUGUACAAGUCCUUCUCAGUCCCCAGCUACACAGUUAAUUAGUGGUUCCUCACAUGGCCAGCAUUGGUAGUGGACAUUGCAGUUGCACUCACUUGACAUAUGAGGUAGUCAUCCAGGGUGGAGGCUGAGAAGAACUAGUGUGGGUCCAAUCUGAUUGAUCAAAUGAUGUGACAGCACUGUCGAAACUGAAAUUUUUUUGGUUCUGUUAUCUAGAAAUAAAUUUGCACCAAUCUUGGACCUUAUUUUUUUUCCUGUGUUACUGUUCAGUUGUAGAACUGGGUAUGUUUGUUUUCCAUACACUCAUUGUUAUGCCACAUUGAUUGUUAAAUGUUACAUCUGCCUUUUCUUAGUUUGUUGUAAGUUAAUAUAAGAAAAUAACUGUAGUGCUGAUCUUUUUUCUUUUUGAAAUUAUCGAUUUUCAGAGUUGGAGCAAUUUUUUUUAUUAAUAAACUCAUAACAAUUAAUUUAGAUCUUGAUAAUCAGAUUGGCAACUGUUCACAUAAAUGUGAAUGGGCUUUAUGAUUUUUUUUUUCUAGGUUCGUAACUCCAAGACUUUCACUUGGAACUAUUUAGUUUAAGAUGGUAAUAUUGUUAACUCUAGACUUUCAUUUUGCUAUUCUAAAUCUUGAAACUGUAUUGUUUGACAUUUAAAAAAUAAUUGAAGUACUUUAUUUUUGUUGAAACACCAAUAUCUUUGUGUGUCUUUCGCUCAACACUGAAUAAUAACUGAAAUUUGAUGCCAUCAACUAUAUAAAUAUAUAACAUUUAAAGUUCAAUAUUUGUACUUGGUUGAGAGUGCAUUUAGACUAGCAUCUCUUCAUAACUUUUAUAAGAUUUUUAGGCAAUGUGAAAUAUCUAAAGUUAGCAGAAAUGUUCAGUAGCUACAAGCUGAACAAUGCUUAGCAAGGGCUUGCAGUUAAGUUCUGGACAGUAAUGCUAAUACUCUGUGUAGUAUGUGUAACUAUUUUAAACACUUCGUGAUUAAAGAAAAAAACAUAAUAGAUACAUGAAAGAGGCUGCUUUUCCUGUUGGUGCUUUAUUUUUGAGAUGUCUAUAUGAAAUUGAAGGUGAUUGAUACUGCAAACUAAAAAGUUUCUGUUGUUCCAUUCUGAAUAGCUUGGAGAAAUGGAACUGAACUUGGGUAUGAUGAUAUUUUACAGACCAUAAAAGUUCUAGCUAUUUUGUAUAUCCAGUUACUGUUUUUGUCAAUAUUCUGAAGGACUGGAGGUAUUUAAAAUUUACCUCUAUGUAUUGGGUCAAUUGUCAUUUAACUUAUCUCAAAAGGUAUUGAAACUCUACAUUGUCCUUAAAGUAAAAAAGAACUGUUAAUAUAUUCUGAGUGGCUUAGAAUUAAAGAAGGUUUAAAGAACUUAAUGAAAAGAAUUGAAACCAAGAUUAUUUGAUAGGCACAACAGGGUCACUAGUUGUUUCAGUAAAGUAAUAGUGAUUUAAUACUUCCUUAAAAAUACAAAGUGCUCCAUUUUAUUCAUAUAUAAUUAUUCAAGAUAUCAAUAAAUGUAAUGUUUAAAGUAUACCUUCUUCUGUGAACGCUUUUUUUCACACUCUGGGUUAAUUUGAAAUGUUGUAUUUCACUUUUCAUUGUAUAAUGUAAUAAAUGGCAUCCAUGUAAUUUAA